AAGCCUUGAUGAGGAAUUGGGGGGAUUUGCUCUCAGUAUCGGCUUGUUGACCAACAUUCUGUGCUGAACACUCGUCCCUUGUGGAUCCUGAACAGAGGACACAUUCACAUCAGAGUUCAUAACAUCCAGGGCCCAAGGUUGAGCACCCUUCCCCCCUCUUUAACUCCUUCUUUGCCCAUUUCCUUCUGGGUUUAUUACCUCCAGUCCUGUUCUGUCUCCCCUGUCCCCCUCUUCUUCUUUCCUAAAUACCAUCCUCCUUGCUCAUCAUUAUUCCCCUCACAUUUGUCUCUUAGCAGUGUCAGUCAGCUGUGUCCUCCACCGGCUCUGCAGCCACUUCUCAGAAAUAUUUCAGCUCUCUGGAUGCCUUGUGGUCUCAAUAUCUCUCGCUCUGUUUGAUGUGUUCACUGUUCAGGGAUGGCUAUCUGUGACCAGCUGGAAAACGGGCAUCUUUUGAGAUUUAUUCCAGAAGAUCCAGAUCAACCCCUGAAGUCUGGUUCAAAUGAAAAGGUCAGGAAUGUACGCCUACGGAGAUGACGAGGACUGGUAUUCCCGCAGAUAUAAAGGAACGCCGUGGUGCGCACCCAUUAAGCUGAAACAUGGUGACGUGAGCUGCCGUACGCCCAGAGGAGACCACCACAGGAACGUGAUGGGGACUCGCUGUAAAAUCCGCUGUAAGCAGGGAUACGAAUCCCACAGCUCAGAGGUGGUGUGUAUGGCGAGCAAGCACUGGUCCUCUAACUACGCCUGCCGACAGAGCCGUUGUCCCAAGCUGGACAUGCCCGUGAACGGCGGCUACAAGUGUUCGGACGGCUCCUACUUUAACUCCCGCUGCGAGUUCUUCUGCUCCCCUGGAUUCAGUCUGAAGGGCCAGAAGACAGCAACCUGCCAGCACACCUCAGUGUGGAGUGCCGGAGUCCCCACCUGUGUUGACUUGGAUCCUCCAAAAAUCAAGUGCCCUACUCUGAAGGAUAAGUGGGCAGAGCCGAGAAAGCUGACGGCCAGGGUGACCUGGGACACACCGGAGGGUGUCGACACAGCAGACGGCAUCCUCACAGAUGUUAUCCUGAAAGGAAAACCUUCAAAGUCUGACUUCCCAGAGGGGCUCCAUAAGAUGUCGUAUACGGUGUUCGACCGAGCCGGGAACAAAGGAUCCUGUCGCUUCACUGUCAGAGUGAGAGUUCGCCGCUGCAGCCCGCUGUUUCCUCCAGACAACGGUUAUAUGAAGUGUGACGCCGACAAAGACAACUACGGUGCUUCCUGUGAAUUCAAAUGUACGGGAGGCUUCGAGCUGCAGGGCAGCGCUGCCAGAGUGUGUCAGUACGGACUCACCUGGUCCGGUUCAGACACGACCUGUGCACCCAUGAACAUUAAUGUGGGCGUGCGCUCAGCUGCCGCGCUGCUGGACCAGUUCUACGAGAAGCGACGGCUCCUCAUUAUCUCAGCACCAACUGCCGCCAAUCACAAUUACCGCUUCCAGAUGACUAACUUACAGCAUGCUCAGUGUGGUCUGGACCUGAGACACGUCACCGUCAUCGAGCUGGUUGGGACUUACCCGGCACAAGUCGGCCGAAUCCGUCACAGACUGCUGACUCCGGCGCUGGCCCUGCAGCUCAGGAUUCUGCUCCGGAUUCCCCAGAGGUCUUUCCAAAUGGUGCUGGUAGACAAGCAGGGCAUUGACAAGCAGCGCUACCCGUUCCCCAUCACAGCGGCUGAAUUAUUCACCACCAUCGACACCUUCCCCCUCCGUAAGGACGAGAUGCUGCUGCAGCAGGAGGCGGGUCAGAGCUGUCAAUCAUAAAACACACACAGCACUCUGAUCCUCUUCCUCCUUCGUCACCGCAGACAGAAAGUUGAUCUGCAGCUUCCAGCCACAUCACACACUCCUACCUGAACUCACUACGUCCUGUUUCCUUUGUGUGUGUGUGUGUGUGUGUGUGUGUGUGUGUGUGUGUGUGUGUGUGUGUGUGUGUGUGUGUGUGUGUGUGUGUGUGUGUGUGUGUGUGUGUGUGUGUGCGCGUCAUCAAAGGUUGGAUGUCUGUCGUGGUGCUGAUCUGAGGCUGAUCUACAUUAAAUGGAUCACUCACUACAUUACAAUCAUAUUGAUUCCUGUGUCUUGUCUCUCUGUUUUAUUGUUAUUGUUAUUAUUAUUUCCAAAGCAGAAAUAUGUUUUACUAUUUUGUACAAGAAAAAGUCUUUUUACUGUAUGAACUGUAAGACUUUCUAAACCUGUCUUAUUUUGAUGCCUCUGUUCAUGAUGAACUCUGUGUCUGUACAGCCAUGAAAACACUGAUUAAAGGCGCUGAGUGUG